CAGCCCACCGAAGGGUGGCAGCAGCAGUACAGCCAGCAAACAACAAGAGAAUCCAAAAGCCAGCUCCAAGCCCCAACAAGGGGCGGCCAAACGUCAAGUGGCCAUCUCUUCACCCAUUGCUGACGGGGAUGGCCGGCCCGGUCCCUCCACCUCCUCUCCCCCGAAGACCAGCAAGAGCUCAUCGACCAAGAAAGAGAGCAAAGAGGAGAGUAGUGGAACAACGGGCAGCUCCACGUCCACCCCAGUUGCUCACAAUAACAACAAUCGGACUCAGAAAGAAGGCAACAAGGACAAAUCCUGCUGCUUUUGCUGGUGCUGCUGCUGCAGCUGCUCGUGGUGUGUUUCUGCUCUUUCCCGCAGCCUUUCUGUGCGCCCCACGAAAGAUAAAACCACCGGUAAUAUGCAACCGAUCUCUGCACCUGGAGAUAAUUUCUUUAACGGGAGUGACGAAGCGCCGCCGAGUUUAGAAGAAAUUCGAUCAUGGGGUGAAUCGUUCGACAGGCUCAUGAAAUGCGCAGCUGGUCGCAAAAUAUUUCGAGAUUUUUUACGUUGUGAGUAUAGUGAGGAGAAUAUACUUUUUUGGCUAGCUUGCGAAGAUUUAAAGCGGGAGAAGAAUCCUGAGUUAAUAGAAGAAAAGGCACGACUUAUUUACGAAGAUUACGUGUCCAUACUUUCCCCAAAAGAGGUAAGUCUGGACUCGAAGGUUCGUGAAAUCGUGAAUAAGAACAUGGUGGCGCCCACAGCUAACACUUUUGACGAAGCUCAGUUGCAGAUCUACACCCUUAUGCACAGGGACUCCUAUCCGCGAUUCGUGGGGUCCACCCUUUAUAGGCGGAUGGCUCAGCUCUCACCGCCAACUCCGCCCACCCGUAAAACAUCAAUUUCAGUCGGAUGACCGUGGCUUCUCUGCUACUUCUACUCUCUGUCACCUUGAGAUAUACUCAGACGUCAUCCAUGAUAUAUCUAUAUAUAUACAUUAACAUAUAUAUAAAUAUAUUACAUUAUGCAAUCCAUGAACCUACAGAAGCGAUUACUUAAUGAAUCGAUUUGUUUGGUUCAUCUCAAACGCCGGUAUAUUGAUCCUUAUAUCUGCAGAAAAUAGCCUCGUUCUGGCAAGGCCUUCGAGGUUUUUGCCAUUCCUGGGUAAAUAAAAUAAGAAAUCCUUUCUGAAGAAAUGCGCACCAUUAUUUUCUUCUCGAAGGGCAAACAAAAAAAGCAAAUAUUACUUGAUUUUUGAGAAUCACGAAAGAGAUGGAACUUGCGGUAAUUGUUUUCUUAAUCUAUUUACAGUUCCUCGGUACAGCUGCUAUAAAAGAUUAUGCAAAGACAAAAUGGACAGGAAAAAAUCUUAAAUAUAGUGACACGGACUGGGAUAUUGUCUAGUUUUGUUGUCCAGGUUUUAAGGAUACGUAAUAUGAAAAGGAUUCCUUUCUUAUUUCCCUUUCAAUUAAGAAAUUUCAUUUCAGGGAAUCAUCUCAAAGUACAGAGUUGAAGUCAACUGGUCAAAUUUUCUCUCAUUGUGAUGUCACAUGUGGUAGUGUACAACGCAUCAUGACAAGAAAGAUCUUCAGAAGCAAGUGAAUUUUCAUUUGCUUCAGACUAAAAUUCAUGACAAUAAUUUGCAAUGCACAAGAGGUGUACAAAAGCUAAUGGACCAGUAAUCUACAGCUUACAACUUAGCAAGACCGCUUUUAGGUUUUUCAACCAGAUAUUUCGAGCAUUCCGUUCAACUACUAUGGAGGUACGUACAUUCCAUUUAAGUUGCCUCACAACCACAAAAGACAUUUAUAAAGUUCUCCAAAAAUCACAAAUUGCUAGUUUACUCGCAUGGAGUAAGAUAUUGUAUAUGGUGCAACGACGAAUAAAUAAGUGGACUAAGAAAUCCAUCUUUGAAUCCAAAACCAGCCACUGAUGUAAACCCGGUUAAAUGCUACUUAAAAUACUCUUCUGACACUUAGCACUUCGCUACGUGCAAUGCAAUUUUUUGAUGAAGAAUUCUAAGUCAUAAUAUUGAAGUGCUGGGUGUAAAAAUAGAGAGAGAGAGAGAGUGGGCUGUACUUUGAAAUCCGUGCUAGUUGGCUCGCGUAUGUUAUAAUACUAAUGUACUUGCUGACAUCCGCAUCAUUGACUUUUGAAGUAUAAUAUGUUUGCAAUAACGAAAAGCAAAUCACCUUAAGCAUUGUUGCACACGUGAUGUAUUCAAAGUCCAAGGUAAUAUAAUAUAUCUUCAAGCUCAGCCACAGGCCUUUAGUGCAAUUGAUUAGCAUUCGUUUCACAAUCAUAAGCUGGCAAAGUUACGAAUACGAAGUUGAAAAAUUUGUGGUGAUGAAAGCAUGUACCGCUUGAUGCCAUUAGAAAUGAUAAAAUGUUUUAUUUAUUUUUAUCUAAUCGUUUUUAGUUAGGCAUACAAUGUUCGAAAGGUAUUGCAAGAAUUUCUACCGCCUUUUCAGUCUAAGAAACUGUUAUGAAACUGUUUUCUUCGCACAUCUGGAAUAGAGCAGUCGUGCGAUUACGAAACAAUAAAAAGUUCUCAUCACUUGUUGUUUUCGUAGCACGUGUUAACACUUGCUGCAAUCACCUUCAUGCUCAUCACUGUCAAAGAAUCUUUAAAUGGAUUACUUUUAAUUUUGCCUGCAUGAUGUUUAUCUUUUGAUAAUUUUUUUAAAAUAUUUUAUUUAAAUGCAAAUGCCUCUGUCUGUAUAUGUAAUAUUUUGGGGUUCAUGCCAGAAUUAUCGUUUAAAUAUUCUAAUUAAUGUCAAGACUAUAAACUUCAAUAUAGAAAUACUAUUGGUAAUAAAACAGAAUUCCCUCUCUUUCUUGCAGAUUCGAAAGCGAAUAAUGUUUGCUUAUCAAAGAGUGUAAUAAGAUAAAAGAGAGUGUAAGAAUUUAAUUGUAACAAAAUUGUUUCAAUAGAAUAGAAUAGUACAGAAAGGAAUAGUACGCUGUUGUUUGCUACUCAAUGACUGCGAUUUUUAAAUUUCGCUUUUUACGUGCUCAUUUAUCCAAAUCAUUUCCCCAAAUCUAUGGUAUUUUAAUUAAAAUUAAAUCUCUUGAUACUUCUCCAUUAUGCAUAAUGUCUUUUCCUAAAUAUCAAUUUUUCACCGCAAGAUCUUUUCUGUCGUAAAUAUUUUAUUAUAACAUGCACUGCGAAAAA